GAGCGACUGCUCAGCGCUCAUCUCUCUCCAACCCGCAUCUACAUAAGUACUACAUUCAACUUACUUCUCACUACAGUCGCCUGUCGUCGAAAAUGUCCUGCUAUACGCUAGUGUUGUCGAACCCGCUAUUCCGACCCUCGGCACGCCUUGUUAUUCGCGCAAACGCGCGGUUAUUCUCAACGGCCCCGUCUCGAGCCCAACCAGCGGGCAAGGUUCCUGACCACGAGAGCUACAUCCUCCUGCACACGCACCAGCCGCCCUCACAGUACCCACCACAUUUGAAGACCCCACUCUGGCGGAAGCUCAAACUCGAGGCGGGCAGCUGGGGCGGGCUCGUCAACUUCUCCUGGUCGCCGACCCAGCCCGUGCAUCCGCGGUACGCAGGGCUUGGUGAGGACCAUGCAGGCGAAGAGCUCUACUACGCUACCGCUUUCUCCGUGGACCGCGCGCCGCUCUACAUCCCGGAGGUGUCCCUGGCGAACCUGGACACAGUCGUGGGCCAGCUGCGCGCGCACGCGCAGAGCAGUCAGCUCGCGCCGGAGACGGAGGAGGGGCAGAUGGACGAGGCGAGCGAGGCUGCGGCGAGGCUACACUUGUACGUGUGCACCCACGGCCCGCGCGACUGCAGGUGCGGUGAGACGGGGGGAGAGGUUGCGAAGGCCCUCCACAACGAGAUCACGAAGCGCGACCUGUGGGAUCGCGUCUCGCUCGGAGAGGUCGCGCACGUCGGUGGACACAAGUUCGCGGCCAAUAUAUUAGUCUACCCCCUCGGCGACUGGCUAGGCUCGGUACAACCAGAAGAUGUCCCGCAGAUACUCAGUGAGAUACUGGCGCGGCACGACGAACUGUCGGCCACCCAGACCUCCGGCUCGCCCACGGCACCAGCUUCGCCACUGUGCCCUCCGUUCUGGCGCGGCAGGAUGGGCUUGUACAAGGACGCUCAGAUCGAGCUCGCCGCUCGUAGUUAGGGCGACACAGGCGGCGACGUCUGUGCCCACAGUACGAACAGGAUUUGCAUUGUUCUGUACACCAAAUGCCAUAGCUUAUUCUCCGUGCCGGCGUAAGUGCUGUUCCAAGUGGAAGCUGUUCAGAACGAAGCUGUACGCUUGUCCGAAGGUGAAUCUAUGGCGUUUGC